CGAGCCGCGUCAGAGCCCCCCCAGCCCGCUGCUCCUGCGACCCUGUGAGCGACUUAGCCUGGCGUUCACGAUGGGAAAUGAGUCCAGCUACCCGGCAGAGAUGUGCUCCCACUUUGACAAUGAUGAAAUUAAAAGGCUGGCCAAGAGUUUUAAGAAGAUGGACUUGGACAAAUCUGGCUCUCUGAGCUCGGAGGAGUUCAUGUCCCUGCCUGGGCUGCAGCAAAACCCGUUGGUGCAGCGAGUGAUCGACAUCUUCGACGUCGACGGCAACGGUGAAGUGGACUUCAAGGAGUUCAUCAUGGGGACCUCCCAGUUCAGCGUCAAAGGCGACAAAAAUGAGAAGCUGAGGUUUGCUUUCAGGAUCUACGACAUGGAUAAAGACGGCUACAUUUCCAACGGGGAGCUCUUCCAGGUGCUGAAGAUGAUGGUGGGGGACAACCUGAAGGACUGGCAGUUACAGCAGCUGGUGGACAAAACCAUCAUCACCAUGGAUAGGGAUGGCGACGGGAAAAUAUCCUUCGAGGAAUUCAGUGCUGUGGUAGAAGAUCUGGAGAUUUACAAGAAGUUGGUAGUCAUUGUGUGAGCCUUUUUUUAGAAGAGCACGGCCCAAUGACUUUUGCUUUCUUCUCAUUCUCUUUCAAGAUCUGCUCAAGAUACCCAGCAACUGUCUCUCUGACUUCCCUGGAAGUCUUUCUCCCUGUGAAGCCACAUUUUUAAGACGAACUUCACCAUCAUUUCAGUGUUAUUCAGACUCCUGUCAAGGAUCCAGGGUGACACCCUGAGUGGGAGACAGCAAGAUGAAGGAGCAUGGGGGGAAAUAGAAAGUGAAAUGAUUCAGAAACCAAGCUAAAGAAUAAAGACAAACAUAAAAAUUUGAAAUUAAGACAA